AACAAAUGAUCUUGCAAAGGAAAGUGUCUUUUACAGCGGAGCAAACUGUCAUUUCAACGCAGCGCUCACCAGCGUCACUCUCACUUUCAGGAAUCAAUAGAAAUCGCUGCGACCAAAGAAGCUUCUACCUGAAGGGGAAAUUGAAGAAUCGAUUCCAAAGAACCAUCGACUGGCAUUGGUGAAUUAUGGAAUAUUUCCCGUUUUCUAAGGGAUUAUGGGCAGGUGACAACAGGUUUCUGCAUCACCACUUCACUGACAUAUUAACAAGUGUGCACAUUACCCGGGAGGUCCCUGAAGACGCAGUCUUCGGCCCCUGCAUCCUCCAGAACACAUUUUACGACACUAUCGCUUUCAUUGCCUUGAAAUCUUCAGACCGGAGAAGUGUGCCCUACGUUUUUCGGGUGGAUGCGACUGCGUUGAAUAGCUCGACGGAUGGAUUGUCUUGGUUGCGACUGGUACAAGCGGCCAGCAAUAACAAGGAACAAAACUUGGAGGCUUACUUGAAGAACGGACAACUGUACUAUCGCUCCACGCGGAGAAUCGGGAGGGAUGAGGAACUCUUCGUGUGGUACGACCAGGAGCUGUCCACGCUCCUCGGCUUCACCGACAUCACACCCCGCACUGGCUCGAAUACCUUCAGAUGCGCGGACUGUGAUCAGGAACUGAAGUAUGAAAAUCCAUAUCUGGCCCAUGUUCGAUUCUUAUGCGCGAAGAGGAAGGAUUAUCUCUGGCGAGAUUUUCGGGCCCUGGGGUUUGGUCACGAUAGCCUUUGGAAGGAGACUCCCAGGAGCUUGGAGGUGAGAGAGAAGACCAGAGUGACCAACUUCCACAGGAUAGCCCAUGAUCUGGAGCACUCCAAGAAAAAAUCAGCGUCGCAGGACGAGGGGCGACCUUCCUCCGAGAAACACCCCAGCAAGCGGAAACAGGAUGGGCCAGAGGAGAACAAAAGCAGGAACACCGUCUUGUUGGAGAAAACAAAUAACCUGGUGUGCGUGCAGAGCGGCGUUUCUAAAGACGAACCAAGUGUUUUCCCGGCUUUCGCAGUUUCCGUUUGGAAACUUAAUUCGGACAAGUUUCUAUUGAAGAGGGAUUCGUCUGAACAUAAAACAAGCGCAUUCACCGAGGUCCGUCGACCGCGUGAAAGGGCCGAAGCUGCCAAAUCAGAGGGAAAUGUUAAAGACCGUGCCCCUGAUUUGACCAGGAAGGCAAGGACAGAGCUGGUGCUCAGCUCCACUGGGAGCGCCUUCUCUUCGGUUUUGCCAUCUGGUGCCAGAGAGGAUCAGAAGAGUGCGUUCUGUCAGCCGAGCAGACGAAGCGGGGAAGGGGCGCCUCUGCUUCUUGCUCAUGCACUGCAUGCCGCUGCCGAAAGCUCGGGGGAUUUAUCCGAUUCAAUCGCCACUAGUCACCUCCCGGGCCCCGCCAAUCUGCUGGGCUCCAAGUCUCUCAGGACUGAUCUGGGCAAUUCUCACAUACUGCACGCAAGUGUUACAAACAACAGCCCACGUUUAUACAGCACUGACAUGUGGCCUAAACCGGUCGGCGUACAACUCCAAUCCACGUCCUCGCUGACUCUCCUUCCACCGUCCUACACGUCCUUUGGGGUUUCAGCCCAGAACUGGUGCGCUAAGUGCAACGCAUCCUUUCGGAUGACCUCGGACCUGGUGUUUCACAUGAGAUCGCAUCAUAAAAAGGAAUACGCAACUGACUUCUUGAACAAGAGAAGGAGGGAAGACAAGUUGACAUGCCCGAUAUGUAAUGAAUUUUUUAGAGAGCGCCACCAUCUAUCGCGACACAUGACAUCUCACAAUUGAGGUGUGAAUUAAAACUGAAGGGAUUGUAUGGGCUCGCCGGCAGUCUGAUCAGAAGGUGCCAGGGGGUGCCUUCCUUAAGAAACUGGAGUCACUUCAUUUGAGGGUGAACUACUCUCCCAGGCUUGGAACAGUGUUACAGUAGUCGGGAGAAACAGUCUUAAAUAUUAAAAAUCCGCACCAUUUGAAUUUAUUUAGGCUAAUAAAAGACAUUAAUUGCAAAAAAGAUGCCCAUGUUAUCAAAGCUGUAGGAUAAUUGGUUUGAUUUGGCAAUGGAUUAAAUGUAUACCGCAUGGAACAUCUGUGGUUAUAAGUUUCUGCUUUUUGGAUUUUUGUUAACUUAGAGAAACAGUAAUUGGUUAUGCCGUUGAUAAAGCGACAUUCAAUGUAUAAUUAUUUCAGUUUGGAGAAUUAAUUUUGCACAAUAUCUGUACCGGCCCCACCUCACUUUAUUUGCCACGAUACAUAUUUAGAUUCUUGUGUUGUAGGAUGUAAACUUACUCAAGCACAAAACGGAGUGGCCACACCCAACUAUUCAUCGGUUUGAAUAUCUGUCAUGAUUGCUUUUAAAUAACAUGAUAAACACGACCUGUUUACUCUCGAACAUAGUCCAGUUC